UAUGCCAAUGUAAUUUAUGAGCAAAUACAAUUUCUGUUGAAUUUCAAGAAUUAAACAAUCAUUCUAAUGGAAUUUAUGGUAGAAACGCCCGCAACAAUGGCAAAAGCAAAAGUGGUUCCUUCGGCAUCAUUAAAGACUCAAAGUAUGGAGGACAAAGCGUCACUAAAAGAACUGGAUCAAUGGAUAGAGCAGCUAAAUGAAUGCAAGCAAUUGACAGAAAAUCAAGUCAAAACGUUAUGCGACAAGGCUAAAGAGAUUCUGACGAAAGAGUCGAACGUGCAAGAGGUAAAAUGUCCAGUGACGGUAUGCGGCGACGUUCACGGCCAGUUCCACGACUUGAUGGAGCUGUUCCGCAUCGGGGGCCGGUCCCCGGACACCAACUACCUGUUCAUGGGCGACUACGUGGACCGCGGGUACUACUCUGUCGAGACUGUCACAUUGCUUGUCGCGCUCAAGGUAAGAGGAAAAAAGAGGAGAGUAAAUUGA